UACACGCCGAGCUGGAUGGAGAGUUGACUAUUCCUCUCGCUGAUCUAUCCCGCCUGAAACCUCGCGAAGUUUCCGACUGCGCUGGAUUUUGGUGGGCAGGCAAGCAGGCAGGCAGGCUGGCAGGAAAGCAGGCACUGAGCGGAGGGAGCAGGCAGAGAGAGCCGUGUAGAGGCGAGUCCAAGAAAGGUGGAGACUCCGACUCCUGGCGAACUUCCUGCACUGUAAUCUUCAAGAGAGAGUACUCAGGAGAACUGGACCGCUUGCUGGGACCGGGACGGAUGGAUCUAAGUCUCGUUUAGCUUGUUUUUCGGCGGUAAUUCGACGCACCUCCUCUCCUCUGUGGCCGCCGCUCGCUCUUACCCACCUGGACAGUAGCGCGUGAGCUGUGAGGAAGAUUCCCAACGUUUGGUUCUGCGGGGCGUUCCGAGAAACAGGAAUGGAGGUCUUAGUGGAGUUCGAAUACGACGCACUCCACGAUGAUGAGCUGACACUGCGGCCGGGUGACAUCAUCAAGAAUGUGCGCUACAUCGAGGAGGAGGGCUGGAUGGAGGGGGAGCUCAACGGGAGGAGAGGGGUCUUCCCAGACAACUUUGUUAAGGAGCUAAAAAAGGAUCCCAAAGAGGUCAAGGAAACCAGAAAUGAGCCAAAGGAGGAGCCCAGCCAACCUCAGGGCAGAGAGAGCAGCGUGGCCAACCUGGUCAAGAGGAUAAGCGUCAUCGGCAUCCCGACCGGGGGAUUCCAGCCCAUGCCCCCCGCGGCAUCAAAGAAGCCGAAGAGAAGGCAGUGCAAGGUACAGUUUGAUUAUCAGCCGGUAAACGAAGAUGAACUGGAGCUGAAAGUUGGAGACAUCGUCGACAUCUUAGAAGAGGUUGAAGAGGGUUGGUGGAGCGGCAGUCUCAACGGCAAAUCCGGACUGUUUCCGUCCAACUUCGUCAAGGAGCUGGAGGCUGCAGGAGAGGAGGCAGAGGCCAACGACACGGCAGCUGACAAACCUGAUGGAAGUGGAAUAGAACCACCUGCCACUCCCACAUCUCCUCAGCCAGACUCGGGAAACGGAGCCACUCAUCAGCCCAGACGGAUCAUAGGCGUCGGCUUCGGAGACAUUUUCAAAGGAGGUCCGGUGAAACUAAGAACACAGCCCAGCCCCAUCACAGAGGACAGGAAAGUCAAAGACCAAGAGAAAGACAAAGCUGGUCCGGCUCAGCCAGUCCCAUCAUUACCAUCAGCCGCAAAGCCUGCCCAUCCCAACAUGACUGACUCCCAGAGGGUGGAAGUAGACGGCAAGCACAAAGCUCCCACGGCGAAGGAGUUCUGUAAGGUCAAGUAUGCUUACGAGGGCAAGAACGAGGACGAGCUGAGCCUCAAGGAAGGAGAGCUGGUCCACAUCCUGAGCAAGGACACGGGUGAACCUGGGUGGUGGAGGGGGGAGGUCGGAGGCAGAGACGGGGUCUUCCCUAACAACUUUGUUACAAUUGUUCCCGAAACAGAGAAGGAGGCAGCACCACCAAGGGGAUCUAUGAAAUCGCUGGCUAAGCCAGAGGUAGAGGAGAAACUGCCGAGGAAACCGCCUCCACUAGCCUCCAAGCCGGAGCCCCCCGCCGUGGAGAGGAAGUCCAUCAACUUCAGACCAGAUGAGCGAGGUGACAAGCACACUCCAGAGCCGAAACUCUAUAAACCUCCUGCACCAAACCCACCCAAGAAGCCGGUCCCCAUUCCACCCAAGAAGCCAGAAAAGCCCAUCGGUCCCUCAUUAAGUAUGAAGCACAACGGAGAGGUGCCUUCUAUGCGACCAAAGUUGGAUCUAGAGCCACCUUCUAUACGACCAAAGUUGGAUUUAGAACCAGUAUUGCCAACUAAACCCAAAACGCAGCCUGGAGAAAAGGGGGACAAGCCUGCUGAUGCAGAAGAUCUGAUCAGUUUUGAUGACUUGUCGUCUGCGUCGGAGAAGCUCUCCCACCUGACCACUUCCAGACCAAAGGUCACUGGCAGGAGGCUCCCUGGACAGUUUGCCGGAGGACAGUCGCCUACAAAGGAAGUGAGUGCUGAGAAAGUCUUCAAGGUCGAUGAGGAGGAAAGUGCCAAACCCAAGCCAACAGAACACAAAAAGUCUUCACCACUCCACCAGCUCGGUUUCGCUGAACCCAAGCCGGGCCCUGCUGCCAUUGCAACCUUGGACACCAGCAUCUCCCAGAACAGCAGAGCCCAUCCGGAGCUGGCGGAGCAGAGCGCCCAGCAGGAUGAGCUGAAAAGCCAAAUAAAAGACCUGCUGCUGUCUGUGGAGCUCCUCAAAGCCCAGCAAAUGAAAGAGAUCACGGAGCUGCGGCGAGACCUGGAUGAGGAGCGAGUGAAACGCGUGGCCCUGCAGAUCGAGGUAGAGAACCUAAAGAAGACCAUCCAGUCAACGUGAAGCGUUGUGUCCCAUCAACAGCCAGCCUCAAGCUCAGCUGCCAGUCCGCCGAGGAGGAAGAGGAAGAGGAGGCGGCGAUGGACUGGCGGCUGGACGGAAGAAGAGAAGGACAACACCACAAACCACCUUCCUCAGCAAUCUUCUAAAACAAACUCUUCCUAUAUUUGUACAACUUUUUGCACAUAUCUUUUUUUUUUUUUUUUUUUUCAAGCUAGGUGUAAUUAAAUGACAGUUGUAUGUUUUUUCUCUCUUUUGGAUUUUUGUUCAUUUGCCAACACAAAAAUAGAAAAAAACAAACAAACAAAAAAACGAGGCCUUACUUCAAACUACUGUGCUGGACGGUUCCGCCUCUCCUGCUCUCCGCUCGUCUCGCGGCGACGAGGUUCGCUCUCAGUACUACUGACUGUACAAAGCAGGGGCUGCCUCUCCUCAUCUAACCUCCUUUCUCUCAUUGUUUUAUGCUGCACACAUAAUUCCAUUGUUCUUAAGCAAGAUUGCAUGAGAUGUUUGAUUUGAGUUAACAUCUUGGGAUUCGAAUGAUUUCUUCCUUCCAACGGCAGCUGCCUCUUUGUGGCUGUGGAGCUUUAUGAUUUUUUUUUUUUUCUUACGUCUUUUAUAUGUCUUCUAAUAUUUCUAUCCAGGGUAACACUACUGUGCCUGUUUAAACAACAAAAAAGUAUAUUAAAUGUUUAAAAUGGGAUCUGGAAGAUUUGCAGCAUGAUUAUUGUAUAUGUAUAUUUUUAAAUCGACAGACUUGUCAAAUUCUAUAUAUUGGGCCUUUUCUGUGCUGGUCUCUUCUAUUUUUGUCACUCUUUCACUGGGAUUGUUCUAAUAGCUAUAAUAUAUAUAUAAAUAUAUAUGACACAGACAUGCAAAAAAAAUUUCAUGCAAAGCUGGAAAGAAUAAAGAAGGUGUGAGAAUGUCUUUUCAACAUGGCCGCUGCACCGCUCAUUUCUUUGAUUUUAAGGGAAUCAUUUGAUGUGAAUGGAUGCUUGUAUUCCUGUGGGUGAUUUCAGCUGCUGGUGGCUCCUCCCACAUUCUACUUUGGUGUGUGGACACUCACCUCUGAAGAUGAAUCGAUUCUAGGAAUGACUCUCCCACUUUGUUUCUCUUCCUUUUUAGAAAUCAGGAGGCGUGAUCAACCUUUUUUUUUUUUUUUAAGUUUUCCUGGAAAACAAACUGUAAAAUUAGCAAAUUAGGCUUUUUUUCCCCCCACAGCUGAUGCAGAUUUCUAGGUUUUCUUAUUGGUCUCACUUCACACAUUUUUCUUUUACCCACAAAAGUUCUAAGACUGUUGGCUAUCUAGUGGGAUGCUAGUUUCGAAUCCAACAAGAUUAUCUACAGUUGUGUGUCAAAGCAAAUAUCUAGAAAAUCUUAGAUCCAGGGGAAAAUCUCAGUUUUGGAGCAUUUUUGAAAAACAGAGAAACAAAAUUAAAUUUUUUAUGUUUGUUUUGGACCCACUAAUUUGAGCUGCCGUUGCCAAAUUCUGAUGAUUUCUGUCAAAAAUACAAUUUAAGUAUUUCUAUUGUUUUCAUUGUGGUACUGGUGAAUAGGAAUCAUUUUACAAAAUAAACCUAACAUAAAAAUUGAAAUCAUUGCCUGAUUCCCUGGAUAAGAGUCUGACAAGUGACUGAAAAUAUACCAAAAUAUCCCCACACACAAAUCAAGAAAAAUAUCUUGUGGCUUUCAGUUCAAGGAGAAGAUUACCCACAACCUCUACAUUAAUGCAGCCUGUCAAUACAGUCAUAAUGUAACCCAUAGAAUAUUUUUGUGGCAGAAAUGUUUCCAGAGACAGGGACCUUUUUUCAGCUAGCUGGCCAGCAGUGGUGAAAAGUUUACUGUCUUGAGUCAACUCAAGACAGUAAACCUCUUCAUAAGGCAUGUCCCUGUCUUCAAGACGCAAACAAAAUUCCAGUUGCCUAUGAAUUACUUCAUAAUCCUCCACUGCUGUUCAGACUAACAUGAUGGCAAACACUUGGAAAAACUUUUUCUUUUAGUAAAAUUUGCGAGUCCAAAUCCAGGAAUAGAAAAUCCAGAACCACAUACUGCGAUUUUGAGUUAUUUUGCACCAAAUACUUAUGAUGUGAUUUUUAAUCAUUAUCAUUUUCAAGUAAAAUGUUUCUUCUUGUGAAAUUUCACAGCCGUCUUAAAGUGUUACUCAGUCUUGAAUUCAAAAUUCUGGUCUCCAGAGUGAAAUCUGACCCCACAUAGUUCAGCCAUGCAAUGAAAAAAUCCCUGCCAGUAAACAUUUUUUUGUGUGUGCAACGCAACUGGAAAAAGAAUAACAGUACGACUUGGAAACGACAAGCUGUGAUUUUUGGGGUGAAUUAUUCUGCAGCUCGAAUUUAUUGCUGGAACAGAAAACUGACUUCCACUUGUUAUACAUUCCACUGAUUGACACAAGGAAAAUAAGCAAUCUGCACCUUCUAUUGUCAUGACCCAGCAAACUCUGUUUACAGAAGUUGUAUCUUUGCAUGAGCUCAGAUUCUUUGCAGAAAUGAAUAAAUAUUAUCUCUAUUUCCC